AUGGAUCCAAACGACAUCAACAUCCUCGCUCACUUCCUAGCCUUCAACCAAAUCCCCUCAUCUUCCCCUCCCCCAGCAGACGUCCUCGUCCUCUGCGUCUCCGCCAUCCUCCCCACCGCAGAGAAAGUCUUCACCCAUCUCGAAACCAACCCAACAGCAACCAAAACCCUGGUCCUCUGUGGCGGACUCGGCCACUCCACACCCCAUCUCUACGACGCAGUCGCCAACGAUCCACGCUACGCGCAUCUCCUCCCAGAGGUCGCCGGACUCCCAGAAGCACAGGCCCUCCAUCGCAUUUUCACGCGCUGCUUUGAUGCACCGCGGAUCCAGAACGCAUGUCGGGUCCUGGUUGAAGACCGCUCGACGAACUGCGGCGCGAAUGCGGUUGAAACGAAGCGGCUUCUUGAGGCGCAUGGAGUCUCUCCGCGGAGUAUGCUGAUUGUGCAGGACCCGACCAUGUCUCGGCGGACGGUGGCGUCGUUUGAGAAGGCUUUUGGUGGGGCUGCUGGGUCUGGGAAGGGGGGGCUACGGUUGACCAGUUGGCCGACUUUUGUGCCGAGGGUUAGGCUGGAAGGAGGGGAGGUGGUGUAUGAUGAGUCGGUUGGGAUUGGGGCGUCGCGCUUGUGGAGGGUACCGCGGUUUCUGGGGUUGCUGAUGGGGGAGAUUCCGCGACUUAGAGAUGAUGAGGAGGGGUAUGGGCCCAGAGGGAAGGGGUUUAUUGUGCACGUUGAUAUUCCGGAUGAGGUAGAGGAAGCGUGGAAGAGGAUGGAGAGUGUGGAGAUGGAGUGGGAGAGACGGUAG